UAAAUAGUGCGUUUAUUUUGAAAGGACUUUAACAGUCAAGUGAAACCCGGAAGUUUUGGUUUCCUCACCUGUCAGUUCUGACACGGUGCGAGAGUCCAGCUUCGUUUCUUUGUUUUCCCCCGGGAGAAAGGUCUUCUUCUUUCAAGAAUAAAUGAUAAUAUUGUGAGGCCAACUGACACACAAUUGAGGAGAGCAUCGAAUACGGUCUUUCAUCUGCUGGUGAGUAGGCCUGUGCAGGCAUGGAGCCCCUGGCAGUGGAUGAUGACAUUUGCAUCCUUAAACAUGAGACAGCCUACACCGCUGCUGGUGAGAGCCCUGUCUCGGUGUGUGCUGGCGAUGAAUCUGUUGCCUCCCACUUUGCCCUGGUCACGGCCUAUGAGGACAUCAAGAAGAGGCUGAGAGACACAGAGCGAGACAAUACCUUGCUGAGGAAGAGGGUCAAGCAGCUGGAGGACAAGCUCUUCAGGCCAGAGGCUCCUUCAUCAGAGGGCCCCCAGUACGUGAACAAGGCCUUCAGUGCUUACCGAGGUAUCUAUAUAGAGAAGGAGGACCUGCAGAUGGAGCUCAACAAACUGAAAAAGGAGAAGAGUGAGAGCGAGAGGUGUCUGACGGAGCAGCUCCAGGCCAAAGAGUUGGAGCUGCUUCAGCUGAGGACGGAGAUGGAGACCAGCCAAGGUACAGUGAUGAAGAGCCUGAACAGCCCUCAGGACUACUGGCAAGUGGACAGUAUAGGCACUGACGUCAAAAUCCACAAGCUGCAGGAGGACUUGGAGAGGGUGACACUGGAAAACAGCAGACUGCUGGAGAGGAGUGGGGAGGAACCCUAUGGCCUUAACGGACCAGACUUGGACCACACCGGUGAUGCAAAGCAUGAUAACAGGGAGCGGAGCAUGCAGCACACGUACGAGGCCUUGUGUUGUGAGGUCACUCGCCUCCGCUCGCAGCUGAAGCACCAGACGGGCCUGAUUAGAAAACUCAAGCCACUCAUCGGUGAGACAAGACAAGCUGCCUCGACAGUCCCCGUCCAGUGUCUCGACGACGUGGAAAAAAACAACCACCCCGCGGUUCCCCGGGCGCCCGUGCCUCGCCCCCCUAGCGCCCCCCCGCUGCCCUCGUGCUCCGGCCGCCCCUGCCCCCCCGACAGCCUGCGGGAGGACUGCUGGUACAACGGGCCCUGGCCCUCCCAGAGCUGCUCGGGGGAGGCCGGCUCCGUCGUCCUGCCCCCGCCGCCCCUGAACCAAGCCUCCCUGGACGACAGCUCGCGAUCCUUCCCCAGCCCCCCCAAACCCAGCGACGCCGUGUUCUGGGAGGGAAACGCCGCGGCGUCCAACUCCUCGUCCUCCAUUGGAACCUGCGGCCCCAGAAGCCCUCCCAGCGCUGAGUGGGCCAAGCCCUAUUGAGGAGAACCGCAAUGGGCGAAAUAGGUGAUGAAAUAAUGAUGUAAUUGGAUGGCAAGUAAACAAAGGAAUGAAUGGACUCUCCCAGCCUGGCGCAUAGCUACCACCUAACCUGCCUUAAGUUGAUAAGACCCCCCCCUCUCCUGGCUGGACUGCACUGGACCUGCUGGUUGGGGGAACUAACCGAGGCCAGAGGAGGCCUUUUUCUGAGGUAAAGACGCAUCACUCGGUCCUCUCUGCACACGGCACCGGGGAACACAUCGGGACCCUCACAAGAACAGUUGUCGGUGUGCGUGUGUGUGUGUGUGUGUGCCCUUGUAUGCACAUGCUUAUCCAGUGCGAGCAUGCAUACAGGUUUUUAUUUGUGUGUGUGCAUAUACACCCCCCCCCCACACCACACACACACAUGAAGCAGAGUGUGCCUGCGUGUGCCUGCGUGUGCAGCUCAGUGCACCUGUGUCUGUAUAUCUUCAUAAUAAACCUGAUAGGGCUCAGAGGGCCACUUUCUCCAUUCACUGGGGCCACAGCUUCGUGUGAAACUACUCCCUCCAAUGCAAGUCUUUUUACGUUUAAUCGCUGUAAAGUAUACAAGGUAGGUAAUCCCAUGUUUGUCUCAUGGUGGCGUGAAGGAGAAUUAUUACUGUGAGGUCAUUUCUUUUGUACUGUGAUGGCGACACACAUGCAGUGACUGUGGGAUAAUCAAAGUUUGGUUUAAUGUUUUGACAGCUACCAAAUUGUCCUUUUUUUUUUCCUCCUCAGUUAUUUUUGUUCAAGUGCUUGAGGAUCAAUAUCAAAAUUGGCUUUGCCACAAAUAGAAAAUAACACACCGGCCUCUCAAUGGCACCAGAAUAGUUCUACAGUUCAUGACUCUUCCCCUAAAAGGGACACAUAAGAGAAAGACACACUCCCCUGUAUUGGAAACCCCACUGAAGUUUGACACCAAAUAAUAGGUUUUUGAAUCAUACCAAAUGUAUCUAACCUGUGUAAUGUGCUAAUGUUAAUCGGAUACAUUUGUAUUUCAGUUAAAGCUCAAUUGUUGUGAGAAGUCUCUUUUUAUGUCAGAUGAGUAACAACUGACGUACAACAGAAAACACACGAGUAGACUUUAGCGACACGGAGGAAAGAAUGUGCAUAUCUGUAUAAAUGUACAUGGGGGUGGGGGGGGUUCAGUACUCUGCCAAAUGCGGUUUUGCACUCCAAAGCAUAGGUUUAGUUGUUUUUUUUCUACACGACCACGAGGCUUCUGACAUGUAUGAAAAGUGUCUGCGAUGGCGGCGAAACAAGUCGAAAAAACUUGAAUUGUGAGCUGUGGCUCGAUCAAAUAACAAAGGGCACAAAGACCUGUGGUUGUUGAAGUGUUUUUUCCAUUUUCUUCAUUAUGUUUCAUGAAAUCUGUGAUGUUCUUGUUCAUUUUUAAGAAAUGUUAUUUUACAGCAGUAGUUUCAUACUUCUGUAAACAAUUUGCAAACAAAAAUGCAAUGUACAGUAGAUAUGGAUUAUAUUUUAGAUUUACUGCACUUCAGACUGUUUGUAAAUAUGAUCAAUUAAACAAAGGAAAGGAAAUUUGUGUGAGUUUACUUUAUCUUUUCAAAUUUUA